AAUUGAACAGAAAAUAAACACUUGCCUCUCUCUCUCUCUAGCUAGCGGCGGUUCAGAGUUGACAGGGUGCUCGCCGCAUUGUGUGGGUGUGUAGCCAAAAAUUAAAGAUGUCGGAGAAGGUACCUCAAGAAGACUCGCGGGCCUCUUUCGCGAAGCGAAUCGACCCGAAAAAGGAGCCGCUGACCCCGGAGCAGGUCGCAUUCAUCCGGAGAGUGGAACUCGAGCAGUGGAAGAAGAACUGUCAGAAACUGCGAGGCCGGAAUAUCUUCACGGGACUCGCUAUCGGGGGCUUGGUGUUGGGAAUCUACGGAUACACAUUCUAUUCCGUGUCCCAGGAGAAGUUUUUGGAUGAACUGGAAGAGGAAGCCAAGGAGGCGAGGAUGAGAGCGCCAAAGACAUCGGCCAACUAAACCGAGCACGCAUUUCCCUGCACUGCAAAGAGAGUCAGCCGGACUGAGUUAUUUUUAUUUUGGAGAUGCUUGCUUGCAGCCGCUGGGAAUUGAUAGUUUUGUGAAAUGCUCAACUCAUAGUUUUGACUGCCCUUCCCCUGUCAUCUUGUACAGUCAGUGCCCCAUCAUUACACUUUAUCUUUAAAAUCACAUAAUGCCUUGUCCGACUCCAGUCUCCAGUUAAGUGCAGCAUAACAGGCUUUUAUUCCAGCGGUUUGCAAAUGUAAUCAAACGUUAUGCUUUGAAUUAUUUGAUCAGGUUUUGAAUUGAAAGCAUUAUAUAUAUAAUUACAAAAUCAUGAUGUGUGUGUGGAAGUACGAAUUACUGGGAGUCAGAACCGAUAGUGUCCUCUAUGCCUGAUGGCGAUUAACAGAUUUGAUCACAUUAACAAUUCUAAUCCAUAUGGAUUCAGGGCUGUAUGUUCUCUGAUGGAAGGUACCUUUACAAUACAAUCUCUUUUAUUUUUUUACAUUUUAUGGUCAAGCUGAACAUGAUUAUGGGAGACAGCUUUAAUAUGAUUUAAAGUAUGGAAACACCAUUUCAGGGAAGACUCCCAUUGCAUAGCAAUUUGAUUAGACACACCUGUCUUUUUAAAUACAUACUGGAAAACUGUCACAUUAACAUAAACAAGGACCAACAAACAAUUUUUUCAGUAUUUUUACUGGAUUUUUAUUUUCCAUAUUUACAAACAUGAUUGUGUUUAAGAGAAUAUUGCAUUAUAUUCUUUAGUUUUUUUUUUUUUUUUAAUUUAAUUUUUUUUUUUUUAAAGAGUAGCACGAAAGGCAGUAGAAAAGCAACCAGAUUAAAACUAACCUGCUCAAUAAUACCUUCAUAAAAUAUAAUUCAUUUUAAUAAAAUAUUUUCUAUACCUAAAUGAUAGCUUGUUUUAGUGAAAACAAUAUGAUCUUGUAUUCAUUUUCCACUGUCUGCUAAAUUUUCAAAUGCGUUUUGUAAGGCAACUGUACGGAUUCACAGCUUCAGUCAAACAUUACAAUGUGCAAGAAAUGUUCAACUUAGUUUUUAGGCAUACUUGACAAUCAUUUAUAUUGUAAAAGGGACUUGUGUUUUAAGUUUAUAUUAUUACUCGUUAUAAAUAAGAAUUCAGCGCACUGCAGGGAACAGAAAAUAGAAGGCACUUUUUUACACAGAGAAUUGUGAGGGUCUGGAACCAACUCCCCAGUAAUGUUGUUGAAGCUGACACCCUGGGAUCCUUCAAGAAGCUGCUUGAUGAGAUUCUGGGAUCAAUAAGCUACUAACAACCAAACGAGCAAGAUGGGCCGAAUGGCCUCCUCUCGUUUGGAAACUUUCUUAUGUAUUUUACCCCAUAUUCUAGCAGCACAUAACUAUUGCAUGUGUUUGAUACUCAGAAUGAUUAUAUUUUCCAAGGUAUUUCAUCAUUACAAUACAGUUGGCUAACAUUAAUUUGGCCGUUUGUUUAAAAAAAUAAAAGCAGUAUUGUAUACAUUCUUUUCAGUCA